CUCGCCUCCGGUCAAAAGACACUUUUGCUGCAGAAUGCAAGGGCAUCUUGUGCCUCUUCAACCGCGCUCUGAUUUCAUUAUCACUGGUCUCAAACAUCAGAGACCUCCAAAUCCAACCUGCUCUGUCUGCUUUUGCAUCUUUUCUUUUCAUCCCCGCAACCUCGAGAUGGGUGUCAGGAUCCUGUAAAUGGUCUUUGCUCCAAAAAGUCCCGUCGUCCAACCUCCAUCGAGUCGAGACUUGGGUGCUCGACAACCGAGAAUGGUUCAUCCUCAUCUCUCCUAGAUUCCAUUCUACGUCGCGUCUCGAAUUGUUCCGUUCCGAGAGACUCAAACCAGAUCCGGAAUCACUACCACCAUGCCCGCGCCCCGACGGAAAAAUCUGCUUGCGAGCAGACGGAGGCGACAAGACGAAGGAGAGGAAGAAGGAUCGAUACUCGGCGACUUUGAGGAUGAUUCUCUGAGUGAGGGCUCCGCAGUCACCAAUGGUGAGGAAGAAGGAGACUUUGAAGGAAGUGAGUCGAGUGGAGACGAGCGAGACCCGGUGCAGGAUACUACAACAGGUGCAACAGCGCAAGAUCAGGAUGGCCGAGCUGCUGUGGUCUCUCGCCAGGACUCCUCAAAGCCUAAGAAUAGUUUUGGGCACUCGGCGGAUACCGAUGCCAUGUUGCGUGGGUUGGGUCAAGCUCAGCAGUCGCAAGAGAGAGACGAGCUACAAUUUGACAACCUGCCUGCUUCAACGGAUUCAGGUGCAGCUGUUGCUGUUGCUGCUGCUGCUCCGAGAGCUUUUCGACAAGAGACUACAGCCCAGCGCGCUCGCAGGGAGCAUCAGGAGUACAUCCGCCAGAGGAAUGCAAAUCCCGCAUUCGUGCCUACCAGAGGAGGGUUUUUUCUUCAUGACGACCGGAACUCGCCCUCCAUGGGGCUAAACUCGAGACCUCCUGGACGGGGUAGGGGUCGGGCCUAUGGACCUGCAAUGAGCACAGGACGAGGAAUAGGUCUCAACGAACCGACAGACAAGCCUUGGGCUCAUGAUCUUCAUGAACAGCACGAGAACAAGAUGAAACCAGCGCAACAAGAAAUCAAGCCAAUUCCUGCACCAGUUGAAACGGAGAAGGAUCAGAACAAAGUUAAAGCCGCUUCAACGGCACCGAACAGAUCAUUUUCGUUCACGACCAUUUUGGGAAAUGUCAAUGUCCAAGUAUCAUUUCCGGGCAUGGCCGAGAAGAUUACUGUACCAAAUAUCGUCAAGAAGCAUCAUGUUUUGCUUCCGCAGCAUCGUCCUCCGUUGAGAAGGGACAAGCCUGUGCGCGUCUCAAUCCCGGGCGCAGCACCACGAUACAUCUUUCCUAGUGCGGAUCGGUCCUUCAUCUUCAUUCCGAGGGCUCAACGUCCCAAUCAAGCGGGUUAUACACGCGGCCGUGGUAGAGGCAGCUUCCAAGGUAGCCGCAGACCGAGCAUAUAUGGUGGAGGCUAUACCCCUAGUAUUGCUAUGAGUCGGAAAUCUUCCAUGGGGGCGUCCACUUUGCGAGAAGGCAUCAGGUCUCCUGCCGAAUCGGUCAUUUCUCGCCACGCGGCAAUGGGUAAUGAGAGCAGUCGGCCUGUGGUCCGCAUGCCGUCCGGGGCCCCUACACCGUCACUCUCGAGGACUGGUCUGCCGGUGAUGAACGGCCAGAUUGGCAUGAAUGCAGCACCGACACAAAUUCAAGCGCCAGCUAUGUACGGGAGCCACAAUGCAGCCAUUCCUAUGCACCAGCCCCGGCCGCAGAAAACCGUCUCUGUGGCACAUAUCGAAUCGCCGGCCGCGUUUCAUUUCAAAGCCCCUCAGCAGCAGCAGGAGAUACCGUUCCACCAACAAGUACCCCCCCAAAUCUCCAACUUGUAUGCGGAAGACAAGACUACGGCUCAGCCCGGUCAGUCGACAAUCUCUGGAAUGGCUGGAGUGGCGCCUCUCUCUCAGAUACCGGAAGGAGCGGUCUUCGCGCCAGGCUUUCAGCCAUACCCAGUCCUGGGCGGCGGUUCGUAUUUCGGGGCGCCUUACAGCAAUGGAGCCGUUUUCUACCCACCAGUUCCUGCUACGAGCUCUUUCGGAAUUCCCAUGGCGGGACCAGCACUGGCGCCCAGCUUUGUCCCCGGGUCACAGUCGCAUCCGAUGAGCUACAUGCCUGCCACAGGACCUACCGAAAGCAGCAUGCUGGCGCACGAGUCCAACGGCAUGGUCUACUACUACAACCCGACAAUGUUCGGUCCCGACGCCCAGGGCGGAAUGCAGCAAUUCCCAAUGGCCCCCAGUGGAAACAUGAUGCCACUGAGCAACGGAAUGCCGUCCCAGGCUCCCUAUUACUACUCUUCUGCCCCCUCUGGCAUGUUCUAUCCAGCGCAGUCAGGCUGAUUUGUGGCCUAUGGAUCCUCUGUUUCUCUUUUGAUUGAUUUACUGGUAUUUUGACCCUUUCGUUCCCUUUUCAGCGGGUGAUGGAGUAUCGGGCACACAUGCAUUUGGGGCAGGCAGCUGGCUUUGGUCGGAUUUUAAAGGAUUCUCCAACCCACGGAGACUUUUCUCCUCUGUCUUCUUCCAACAUGGCUUCGAGAUAUCCUUGACCAUAUUCUUCUGUACAUUAUAUCUCGUGGUUAAAAGGAAAACUUGUUGAUGAGUGUGUUAGAGUUCUUGACAGGGUGAGGUCAAGGUCGCAGAAGGAAAACGCAAAGGCUCCAAGGCUGUGUGCGGAUCCACUAGUCGAUUUAGUGACACUGAUGGAGAGGAUUUUCGAAGAUCCAUCAGGACGAGGCUGGUUCACCGGUUGACCUGAAGGUGGUCGAGGCUUAUCUCGUGCCUCGUGGGUCAAUAAAGGGUAGUUUCGGCCUCGGGAAGCGGGGUUUCUUUUGCUAGGAAGAAUGAAAAUAGGGUUUCAUGCUCGGCUUAACAGGGUGUGCCUCGUCUUGACAAGAGGCAACGUUGUCUGGACUCCAAUGUGCUCUUGCGG